GGUGUCGCCUGUAUGGUCGUGAGUCGUCUCCUCAGUCGCCCAAAGAGUCGUAGCGUCUUUCUGGUUGCCGCUGGAUUUUCAACAUGGUAAACAUUUUUGGCGACCUACAAUGACCUAUGAAGGGUGCCGGCAAGUCGCCGAAAAAGUCACGUAAGUGGGACAGGCCCAUUACUCUCUCUUGAAAACAUCCAGUGAAUCGGCCUCCGCUGCCUUCUGUGGCAGAUUCACAACUCUCUGGGUGAAAAUGUUUUCCCUCAUCUCAGUCCUAAAAGUCCUAUAUCCCUUAUUCUUAAACUGUGUGACCCUUGGUUCUGGACUCCCCGAACAUUGGGAUUUUCUUUCCUGCAUUAGUUUAUGCUUUAGAUCACAAUCUGUUGAAUGACAUUUAGGUCUGGGAUUACUAGCUAUUUUUACCUCCCCAUUUGGGUUUUAACAUUCGUUUUGUAUAUACUUUUACUUCUUUCAUGGCUGGGAUGAACUAGCGACACACACAUACGGGAGAAAUAAUCAGGGGACCCCAUGGGUAUAAUUAAGCCUUCAGGGAGAGCAUGGGAAUACAUUUUAAAACCAAUGACUGAAAGAAUUCCUCUUCAAUUGAGGUUUGUUUGAAUAUUUCUUCAUGGCAAAGUAUUCAAAUAUAAUUAGCUAUUUUGUGAACAGAAAGCAUUUUCAUUCUAAUGAUUGGUCGUAGUAACUUAAAAUUCUGAACUGAGAUUUCUCCUUGGAUGUGGUACAAUUUCUAUUUGUUUUUCAUUAAUUAGGAAUGAACAAUGUAUUCUACAUCCACCAGAUUAAGAAGCAUACGUAAAGAACGAUAUUACCAAUGGAGGCUUGUUUAAUUUCAUUGUUAAAUUGAGGUUGAAAAUAAUUCACUUUGAAGCAUUCAUUGUUGUAUCUUGUAUCCGGGUUAGUUUAGUUUAGAGAUACCGCACGGAAACAGGCCCUUUGGCCCACCGACUCCGCGCCGACCAGCGAUCCCCGCACACUAACACUCCUACACGCAUGAGGGACAAUUUACACAUACACCAAGCUAAUUAACCUUUUAACUUGUAACUUUGAAUUGUGGGAGGAAACCGAAGAUCUCGGAGAAAACCCACGCAGGUCACGGGGAGAACGUACAAACUCCGUACGGACAGCACCCGUAGUGGGGAUUGAACCCGGGUCUCCGGCGCUGUGAGGCAGCAACUCUACCGCUGCGCCACCGUGAUGCCCUUAAAAUUAGAGAGUAAAUUAGUGUUGGAAAGAUUGAAUUUCCUAAAAGUUUUUAUUUAUAUUUGUAUUUACAUCUUAGUUACCUUUUAUCUUCCAGAAAUACCGCCACAUAAAACUCCGAAAAGGAUAUUAAGAAAGCAGCAGUUCAAUCCUAAUCAUGAAUCUCCUGUCACUGACCCCGAGUUGCAGCAAGAUAUUUAUUGGGAUCAACACUCUCCAACCACAUUUAAAUUGGGCAAUGGAAGGAAGACAUGUGCGACUUCUCAGCGUGCGGUGGAAAUAUCCGAUGUUGUUAAUCGUAUUGCUCCUCAGCAAUCACCUGAAGUGUCUCUGAACAUGUGGCUCGGAGCAGACGCUAUCCAGUGUAGUCCAGCUCUUUCAUAUCGAGAAAGGAUCAAAGCAAAUUAUUCAAGAUUUCAAAGGAGCACAGAUGAAGAACUGAUGAAGUUGGCAAAGGAAUUUGAUCGCACUAUGGUUGAACAGGAUGUCAGCUAUGGUGACGAAGGCAACGAGAUUCUGGAUGAUGAAGAUUCGGAGCAAACACUACACAUUAAGCGGGCAAGCCGUCAUUUUCCAACACUGGGAAACGUACCCGAGACCCCAAUCGCUGAGCCAGUUGAGGACGACGGAAGCGGUGCCCUUCCUAGAUCACAGCAGAGUAGCAGCCAAAGGUCGCUGGAUCUGGAGGCUGAAGCUGCUGUCAAUGCCUUGUUUGAUGGGCCCACUCAGCAUGUCAGUCGCCCCUUGAGUCAGGGCCUCUCAGAAGAUGAAAGCUCAAGCCCAAAAUUUGAUCACUGUCACGUGGCCAAAGCUGCCUGGGCGUCUGUGAAAGGAAACACUGGUCGCGGUGUAAACACUACUGCCUCACGGAUAGGGGAGCCAACCGUCCCCUUUCCAACUGCCUCGAACGACACUGACAUUCCCCAAGUAUCUUCGCCCAUCGUACUGGAUCCACCAGACAAAGGGCCUUUCUUUGGCCACGCAACCGUCUCCAAGUGCGACACCAAGCUGGUUUGUGGAGAUUCCACUGUAGAUUUUGUAUUGGAUCGAGGGGAAGAGACCAACGUCCCCUCGAAAGGCAGAGCAGGUGCAGCGCACACGUCAGAAUCGGAGCCAGCCGACGACGGCUUCGACGACUGGAUGGAAGAUGACUCUUUUAUACAGCAGAUCACACAAUUCCCAGAGCUGGGCGACUCUGCGGCCAAAAGCCAGUCCUUGCAAGGUGCUGGCCACAAAGUUACUCGGGACUCCGAUCAUGCUAACAAUCCACAGGGCAGUCCUAGAACAGGACCACCUGUAUCACCUGUGCCGUCUUCCACCAGCUCACCCAGUGACAUAGAGUUAGCAGCAAAGAUCUGUCAGUUUGGGCAAGGGUCUGAAAGAGCAAAGCCAAGGAUUACAUUUUCAUUGCAAAGCAAUACAUGCAGGAAGGUGACUGAGGAGCAACCUGUUGCAAAGUGUCAGCUGGGUAAAGACUGUCAGAGUCUGGUUAAUACGCUACUUAAAAGAGACUGUGGUAAUUCUGAUGCUUCAACACCUCAACGGGGUUCCCUUCAUGCGCCAGUCAGGGCAUUGUCUUCCUUAGCUAGUGCAACGCCUUUUAAACGGGCGACUUGGUGCGAUGGCAGUGUAGAGAGGAGUUCUCUCGCUUCACAGAGGCCGGCUCGCUGGGACGGUGCAGAAUGGAGCUUGGCCGGUGGGCUGAGGGCGGCUGGCAAAAGUCCACCGCGGGCCGCUGCAGACGUGGAGAUGCAGAGUACCCUCUCCCCGUUCCCCCCCGACGAUUGGAACGACGCUGAGUUCUACAGUGAAAUCCAGGACAUGUUCCCCGAGUCGGAAAGCCUAUGGGAGACCAGCGAUGACGAUUUAAACCGCAUGUGUGACGAUGUGGAAAAGCGGAUCGAAGACCAAAAUUCUGAUCCCACCUUGCCCGCUGGAACCGUAGAGACAAAAGGAGCAAAUGGCAACCGGAUAUUAACGAGUGACGUGCUUAGAAAUCAGCUCAAUGGGCAGCAAAAACACUCAAACCAAAAUCAAACAUUUGUUAUCCCAGAAAGAAAAAUCUGCUCCAGGGAACAGGGACAGUUUGUAGCAAAACAUAAUGCCUUGCCCGCGUUGGGUCCUCAGCCUGGGUCAACAGAUUUGAUCUGCACGGUAUGUACCACAGCCACCCCACCUACACAGAGCCACCAUUUGAACUCUGCAGGCAAUAUCCAAGGUCAAGUUUUCACAAAUACGUCCAAAGUGUGCGGAGUGAAUUUUAACGGAUUACCUUCUGUGACUGGUUGGAGAUAUUCCGCCCAUGCUUCAAACGUGCCGCGGACUCUAGCUGCGGCAAACUUUGACGGAGGGCAGAGCGUGCAGACGCCCGGCGGGAACGCUGGCCAGCCGGGUCCCAGAGCACCCAGCUCUGCUGGCAUUGCCAGGACACCCAGGUUCACCUUCAGCAAGAUCACAACUUCUUCCCUGGCUGGUAUUCCAGGCAACAGCAGCAGCAGCUCAGCGCAGUGCGAGAAGGUGUUUGUCAACAGAGACCUGCACGAAAGAUGUGUUCAGUCAGCCCCGAGCACUAAAACCACCUGCAGUCCAACACCAUCACUAAAGAGGCAUUUUUCAGACUCGACUUUAGUGCUCAAAGGUGUUGGCGAACUGGCGGGGAGGAGAUCGGCAAAGUGUUCUCUGCAAGAGAUCGAGAACAAGAAGCAAGCGGCUGUAGCCCGGAGGAAGAUGAAAAUGCAAGCCAGCUGUAACCACCCGCCAACUGUGUGAUCUCCAAAUGAUCACUCUAUUACAGGAAAGUAACAAAGAAACCGCAGGAAAGUGGUGGCAAGGCCAGAGAAAUGGGCUUUCCUUCUGUCGUACUAAACAGAAGCACUCAGAAUCUCUCUUACUCAGUUGGACUUUGUAUCAUCAUCCCACUGAUUAAUGAUAUCAUGAUUAAGGCUCGGCUUUUCCCCACAGCUCUCUGUUCUGCUAGUGCUUCCCCUGUAUCCUCUCCAGGCCCAGUGUUUAAGCUCAACAGUAUCAUUCCAGGUACAGGAUGCAGGAGUUACUGAUGAAAACCGGAGACAACUCUUGGAUUAUAUUCCUCCUUUAAAUCAAGGAUUAAAGAUUCCCCUCGUGCUACCCACCUGAGAAAAGUCCUACUUGGCCAAGACUGGCAUUAAUGAAACGGGUCUGUAUGGAUUUGCCUUGGCCAGGAGUUUGAUUGUGGGACCUUUCCAGAAACAGUUCCCAAUUCCAGUUCCCUUGAGGAGAGAGUCUGAAGAAGGGUCUCGACCCGAAGUGUCACCCAUUCCUUCUCUCCAGAGAUGCUGCCUGUCCUGCUGAGUUUACGCCAGCAUUUUGUGUCUUAUCUCCAGUUCCCUUGAAUUCCCAAUCAAAAUUUGAACUGGAGACAACAGCAACUUCUCUCUCAGCCUUCUCUGAUUGAAUGGCACAAUUAUGAGCUGCACUAAGUAUUAUUUAAAUCGUUCAUCCUAGUUUAAUUUAUGUAUUUUGUUUUUCGAAUGAAGUGCUUCCAAGAGGUGCAUCCUUGUUGUGAAAGGUAUCGCAUCCAAAGGAGACUGCAAGUAUGUGUGUGGUUUUCUUUUCUUAUUGCUGUUUAAUGUUGCUACGAUCUUUUCAGUUGACAUUUUGGAAUUGCCUGAGUCGCGCAUCCUAUGACAAGGAACUCAGCUAAAAUUUCCAAUGACACCAUUUGAGCUAUCUAUUUUUAACACUUUAAUUACUUUCCCAGAACAGUGAGAAGAAUCGUGGAAAUCAUAAAACUCGUUAGGUUAAUUUGUGGAGCUGAGUAAAAACGUAAGCAGGUCUCCUCUCUUUUUAGUUCAUUUGCAUUUGAUACAAUGAAAGGUCAGCUUCUAUACACAGUCUGGCACAAAUACAACCUUGUGUUCAGCUUGUUUGUCUGGAGAAUAAAGCUGGAAUUACAUUU